UGCCAGAGGUGAGAUUAACUGCUUGCAGUGUCAUCCAUCAGUGCCCAGCAGUGUCGCCUGUCAGUACCCAGCAGUGUCGCCCAUCAGUGCUGCCCAUCAGUGCCACCCAUCAAUGAUGCCCAGCAGUGCCAUCCAUCAGUGCCCAGCAGUGUCAACUGUCAGUGCUGCCCAGCAGUGCCACCUGUCAGUGCUGCCCAGCAGUGCCACCCAUCAAUGAUGCCCAGCAGUGCCAUCCAUCAGUGCCCAGAAGUGCC